ACAGUUUAGCUUUGUUGAUUUGUCUAGUUGUUUCUUCUCUGACACUAUUCUUUUUCCCCUCUAUCCUCUGCAACUCUCUCUUUUCUAUUUAUGUGGUUGUUUCUUCCUCUCUAACCUUAUUUUUUCCCUCUCUUCCCUGCAACUUUCUCUUUCUCUCUCCUUUUUUUCUUAUUCCUCUUGAUUCUUCACAUAUUAUCAGAAGAAUAUUGUGUGUCUAGGAUCAUGGGUGACUCUUCUGCUCAAUAUAUCCACAUGGUACAGCACCUAAUAGAAGAGUGCAUCAAAUUCAACAUGAGCAAAGAAGAGUGCAUGGAAGCUAUUUCCAAACAUGCAAAUAUCCAACCAGUCAUCACUUCCACAGUGUGGAAGGAGCUAGAGAAAGAGAACAAGGACUUCUUUGAGGCUUAUACAAAUAGCAGAGAAGAGAGGGCAUCAGAAAUGGAGACAAGGCAAAAAAUCCAUAAGAUGCUAUUGGAUUCUUCCUCUUCGAAAGUUACUGAUGGUGACGAUGAUGACUAG